AUGAGCAGUCUGGAAAUCUUUACCUGUCCUGUGGUCGUUGCUGAUUCCAGGCACAGGAUCGCCCCUGUGAAGAAGACGCCCCGCUCGGCUGAACCCAAGCCUCACUACCGGCUGGAACUGGCAAAGAGUUUAGUUGAUACAAAGGCGCCAUGUGCUCAGCCUCACCACUACUUCAAGGUUUCCAAGAUUCAGGAAAACCAAAAGAGGAUUAGUCUAAUUGAAAGAGAAAACAGGAACUUCUCGGCACGCCUGGCUGAAAUUUAUCGUGGGUCAGGCUUGGUAGACUGCUGGAACGAGUACGUGAAGAAGAGCCCACUCCGACAGCAGCAGAACAGGGAACUUGUGAGGAUCACCGUGGAGAACCAGGGCAUCCUUAAGAGGAUCAGAGAUCGAAAGCCGACCUACGACAGGAAGAAAUCUGAGUUAGAUUGGCAGAAUUCAAGAAAGUAUCUUAAGAACAGCACCCGCUUUCUAAUCUCGGCCAGCAACUAG